AUGGCGUCCGAAAUCCUCAAGCAUGUGUCCACCCCGACCCUCGAUCGGCCGUUCGGUGUCCACCUGUGGCCUCUCUUCGACAUCGGCUUCGAAAAGGCCAUGGGCUACCCUGCGAGCGAGUUCAACUUCGCCCAGGGCGUGACUCCCCUGUCCACCCUCAAGGAAACCACCAUGAUGCUAGUCACUUACUACGUGAUCAUCUUCGGAGGCCGCGAAGUCAUGAAGAAGCUGCCCGCAUUCAAGCUCAACACCUUGUUCAUGAUCCACAACCUCGUUUUGACCCUCGUCAGCGGCAUCCUCCUGGUGCUCUUCAUUGAGCAGCUUCUGCCUACUCUCGUUAGACACGGCGUGUUCUACACCAUCUGUGACCACAGCGGUGGCUGGACUCAGCCUCUCAUCAUCCUAUACUACCUCAACUACCUGAACAAAUACGUCGAGUUCAUUGAUACCAUCUUCCUGGUCCUCAAGAAGAAGCCCUUGACCUUCCUCCACACCUACCACCACGGUGCCACCGCUCUCUUGUGCUACACCCAGCUUAUCGGUGUGACUGCCGUGCAAUGGGUGCCCAUCACCAUCAACCUGUUGGUUCACGUUGUCAUGUACUGGUACUACUUCCAGAGUGCCCGCGGUGUGCGCAUUUGGUGGAAGAAGUACAUCACUAUGCUGCAGAUUCUCCAGUUCGUCAUUGACGUCGGCUUCAUCUACUUCGCCUCUUACACCUACUUCACCUCUGCCUACUUCCCCUGGAUGCCCAACAUGGGCAAGUGCGCCGGUGAGGAAUUCGCUGCCAUGGCCGGUAUCGGUAUCAUCAGCUCCUACCUGGUUCUCUUCAUCUCCUUCUACAUCGCCACCUACAACAAGGCCGCCAAGGCCGGACGUCCCCGCCGCAACACUGGCCAGAAGACUCUGGUUGACAUGAGGAACUUCGAGAUCCCCCCCACCACUCCUCAGAACGGUAGCGCCAACGGCAGUGCCACCGGCCGCUCCAACGGCCCGGUCACCCGCUCCCGCAAGGCCUAG